AUGUCUGCCAAGCCCUCUUUAGAAUCCCUUGGCCCCAGCCAUGGCCAGACCUCCGGUUCCACUUUCGCCUCGAAUGGCAACGGGACAGCUAUUCCUCCAAACGACGUGGAGAUGAAGAGCUUGCGCCCUGAUCCCCCUAAGGGCUCAAUUCCUCUGGGGGAGGAUAUCAUGCAGUUGGCUCGGAUGGGGGAAGUUGGCACUAUGCAGAAACUGUUCACAGCCAAAAAGUUCACCGCAAACUACCGUGAUGAGGAAGGAAUUACACCGCUGCAUUGGGCGGCAAUCAACAAUCAAUAUGCGAUGUGUAAAUUCCUGAUCGACUCCGGAGCCGACGUCAACGCCAAAGGAGGAGAGUCGGUGGCAACACCAGCCAUGUGGGCCGCCCAACGGUGUCAUUAUUAUAUUGUGAACUUAUUGCUCCAGAAUGGAGGGGAUCCUCUCCUGACGGACGUCCAAGGAUAUAACAUCCUACACCUCGCGACCAUCGACGGCAACGCGUUCCUAGUCGUGCUGCUUUUACACCAGGAGAUCCCCGUGGACGUUGUUGACCAACAAGGGCAUACUGGACUGAUGUGGGCUGCAUAUAAGGGGUAUCCUGCAUGUGUAGACUUGUUCCUGCGAUGGGGCGCAAACGCAAACGCCGUGGACGAAGGUGGCUUGACGCCGCUCCAUUGGGCGCUGGUUAAGGGCUCGAUGCCUUGUGUCCUGAAGUUGCUCGAAUACGGCACCGACCGCUUUGCAAAGACCCGCGAUGGAAAAUCACCUGCGACUGUGGCGCAGGAAAUGAACACCCUGCGGGUUUGGUACCACUCGCUCAACGAGCGCGGCUUUGAACCCGAUGGCACCCAAAAAGUGGUGCCACUGGGCCUUUCCAGCUUCGUACGCAGCAAGAGCAUCAUGGCCAAGUUCUUCUUCCUUUGGCCUUUUUUGAUGAUCCUGAUUACCAUUUGGAUGCUCAGUAGCCUGGCGAUUUUCAUCGCUGUGCCCCUCGUGUUAGUUACUGUCUUCGGGAUGCAGUAUGUUGCACAGCAAUUUGCGAACAAGGGGCCCAUGGAAUACCGCGUUCUUCAAAAAACACCGUAUCUAGCUGGUGUCUUUGCUGGCACAUUGUUCUGGGUUGGCUUCCGCUAUGUCUUCAAGGUGCUGCCGGCAACAUACUCAUCGUCGCCGAUUCUGAACAUCUUGUUCGCAGUCUUCUUCUGCUUGACUGCUUAUUUCUACGUUUUUGCCAUGGUCGAGGACCCGGGCUAUGUUCCGAAAGUGAGCAGCAGGAAUCAGCAGAGAGAGGUUGUUAAGGAACUGUUCGACCAGUGGAAGUUCGACGAAGAGAAUUUUUGCAUUCCCUGUAUGACAAGAAAGCCACUCCGGAGCAGGCACUGUCGGCGUUGUGGGCGCUGCGUUGCGAAACACGAUCACCAUUGCCCGUGGAUUGACAACUGUGUUGGAUCGAACAAUCUCCGCCAUUUUGUUCUUUAUAUAGUCUCCCUCGAAGUUGGUAUCAUUCUGUUUGUGCAGCUGACUAUUGCCUAUAUCAAUUCCCUACCUGCUCCCGUCAAUGCCACUUGCAAUGUCAUCAACGACACAUUGUGUGAUUACGCCACUCGCGACCCCUUCACCCUGAUUCUUAAUGUAUGGAUCACCCUCCAGCUGGUCUGGGUUACGAUGCUUUGUGCCGUCCAGCUCGUCCAGAUCUCUCGCAACCAGACAACCUACGAAAACAUGCGAGGCCACCACAUCGACCGGUCCUACCCAAGCACCCAAGCCUUUGCGUCGGCCAUGACCGCUGGAACCACAUCAAUGGAGGCCGCUGGUCUUUCGGCUUCUGGACAAGGACCAAACCCGGCUCUCCGCGGUUCUCCCGCACACCGACGGAAAAACGGCUGCAUCCAGCAAUGGUCAUCCCUUCUCGGAGUCGACGCUUUUUGGACAACUGCGAAGGAUGGUCUCCGCGAUGGACCCCAGGCAACUAGACCCCGCAACCCCUUCUCCCGCGGUGUCGUCACCAAUUGUCGUGACUUUUGGUGUGACCCGGCUCCGCUCUUCGGCAAGCGCCAGACUGGGGUGGCGAUGCUCGGCGGCGAGGUGAUCAACUAUCAUGAUAUGUACGAAACCCCGAUGCGCAUGCGCACCGGCAACCGGUCCGGCGAGGGGCCUGGCUACCGCAGCGUUGCUGGCGAGGACCCCGAACGCAUGGUAUAA